GCGUCAAAAGACAAACACUUCCAAGUAAAAGAACAAAUCUCACACAGACUCAAACUGGUCAAACAAAGAAAAAAGAAAAAAACCUAAGAACUCGAGAUGAAAGGCGGUCAAUCGAAAGCUGAAGCGACGAGCACCGACCAGAGACUCAAAACCAGAGGAAGGAAGAAGAAGACGGCGACGAAGGACCCAAACAAACCUAAGAGACCUCCAAGCGCUUUCUUCGUCUUCUUAGAUGAUUUUCGACGGGAGUUCAAAGAGGCGAACCCUAACAACAAGUCCGUCGCCGCCGUUGGGAAGGCUGCUGGAGCCAAGUGGAAGUCUAUGAGUGAAGAAGAGAAAGCGCCUUAUGCCACCAAGGCAGAGACCAGGAAGAGUGAAUAUAAUCAGAGUAUGCAAGAGUACAACAUGAAACUGGCUAAUGGAACCAGUAGAGGUGAAGAUGAUGAGUCCAAGUCUGAAGUGGACGAAGCUGGAGGAGCAAGCGAUGAGGAGGAAGAAGACGAUGAUUAAGGAGACUUUCUAGUUAUUGCCAUUGACUGACUCAGAUUUGUGGAUGGGAUUAGGAAUGUGUGACUGAAAAAACUGGUUAUGCUUUGUGUUUGUAAUAUUAAGAACCUCAUUUGCUACUUGUUGAUGUUUAGGUCAGUUGUAUGGUCGGAUAGGAUCACUUGGAUGCUAUGUCUCCUUAUUACCUUCUGUGUUUGUUAAGGAUUUAUUUGAUGAGUGAUAUAUGGAUUUAUUUAAAUGUAUU